AUGUCCGGUAUGACCAAACCCCCGAGCGAACAUGAGUAUCACUUUGUGUGGCCCUUCCCGGGCCAGUGCCACGUAACGCGAAACCUCCUCCAGCAUUUCCUGCGAUGUCUCGAAUCCCGCUCCGAGGUGAAGAUGUACCAAUCCAGACAGAAGUAUGCGAUGUCCAAGCCUGGUCCUCAAGUCGGUGAUUUCUUCCUCAUCGUACCGGCUACUUGUGCCCCUGGACCGGCGUGGGAAGUUGCAAAGCUUACUCUCGAGGGCCACAUUCUGAACUGGGAGGCGUGCCAAGAGCCAGAGGAUUGCACCGAUAUGACCCAGGGACAAGGAAUUUCGUUGGCUCCCAUAUCGCUGGAGGAUCUGCCGAGUCUUCAGCAGGUACAUGACGAAGCAUUCGCAGAUAAUGUGCUAAUGAAACUCAUGUACGGUCCGCCCGAUCCACCGGCAUUCAUCGGUGACAUCCAGAAGAUAUUCCAAACGGACUCAACCGCCCGAAUAACCAAGGCGAUCGACGAUGCAACCGGCGAAAUCGUGGGCUGGUCCUGGUGGAGUUUCCAUACCGACGCAGCGACUCACAUGGCCGCCGCAAAGGCAGCCGAGGAGCGAGUGAAGAGAGUCCCCAAGAAUUCAAUCAGUCCUGCGCUCUGGCGGGAUAUGCGAAUUGCCAUAAAUGCGAUGAGGAAGCAAUGGAUCACGGAGAAACCUGCUGCUGGUAAGGAUGUCUCUGCCAUGACUUAUAUUCGAUUCACGCCUUGGAACCGAGAUGCUCAUUCGUCUCUAGUCCUCCAAAUCCUCGUGACGCGGCCCUCGUAUCAGCGAAAAGGUGUUGGCAAGGCGCUGGUCAUGGCUGGCGUCGAAGAGGCCAAUCGCCUUGGACUGUCAGCAUGGCUUGAAGCAACCCCUGCAGGGCAUGCGCUGUACCAGAAGUGCGGGUUUCGUGAUGUCGGACAGCCUGUUGAAAUGGAUUUGAGUCAAUAUGGAGGGGAGGGUAUCGUGAAGACGAUAUGCAUGUUGCGUAAUCCAGAGCUAUAA